GGCAGCGGCAGCGGCGGUUUGCGUCGGGGGAGCCUCCCGGCGAGACGGUGGCGGCGCCGGGCGGGGAGGCCGCGCCUGCCGGGGUUGUCGGGGCCCGCGGAGAGCUGGGGCCAGGGCGGCGGCGGCGGCGGCGGCCUGGGACGCAGGCGGAGCCCCGCGCCGGCCCCAGGCGCCGGCGAUGGCCGCGGCCACCAUCGUGCACGACACGUCUGAGGCGGUGGAGCUGUGCGCCCCGCACGGCCUGUACCUGAAGCCCAUCACGAAGAUGACCAUCAGCGUGGCGCUGCCGCAGCUGAAGCAGCCGGGCAAGUCCAUCUCCAACUGGGAGGUGAUGGAGCGGCUCAAGGGCAUGGUGCACAGCCACCAGUUCUCCACGCUGCGCAUCGCCAAGAGCACCAUGGACUUCAUCCGCUUCGAGGGCGAGGUGGAGAACAAGAGCCUCGUCAAGUCCUUCCUGGCCUGCCUGGACGGCAAGACCAUCAAGCUCAGCGGCUUCUCCGACAUCCUCAAGGUGCGCGCCGCCGAGUUCAAGAUCGACUUCCCCACGCGCCACGACUGGGACUCCUUCUUCCGCGAUGCCAAGGACAUGAACGAGACGCUGCCGGGCGAGCGGCCCGACACCAUCCACCUGGAGGGGCUGCCCUGCAAGUGGUUCGCGCUGAAGGAGUCGGGCUCGGAGAAGCCCAGCGAGGAGGUGCUGGUGCGCGUGUUCGAGCGCUUCGGCGCCAUCCGCCACGUGGACAUCCCCAUGCUGGACCCCUACCGCGAGGAGAUGACCGGCCGCAACUUCCACACCUUCAGCUUCGGGGGCCACCUCAACUUCGAGGCCUACGUGCAGUACCGCGAGUACGCCGGCUUCAUCCAGGCCAUGGGCGCUCUGCGCGGCAUGAAGCUGAUGUACAAGGGCGAGGACGGCAAGGCUGUGGCCUGCAACAUCAAGGUGUCCUUCGACUCGACCAAACACCUGAGCGACGCGUCCAUCAGGAAGCGGCAGCUCGAGCGGCAGAAGCUUCAGGAGCUGGAGCAGCAGCGGGAGGAGCAGAAGCGCCGGGAGAAGGAGGCGGAGGAGAGGCAGAGGGCCGAGGAGAGGAAGCAGAAGGAGCUGGAGGAGCAGGAGCGCGGGCGCAAGCGCGAGGAGAAGCUGCGGCGGCGUGCGCGGAAGCAGCGGGACCGCGAGCUGCGCCGCAGCCAGAAGAAGCUGGAGAAGCUGCAGGCGGCGGAGCAGCGGCAGCUGCAGGCGAAGAUCCGGCUGGAGGAGCGCAAGCUGCUGCUGGCCCAGCGCAACCUGCAGUCCAUCCGGCUGGUGGCCGAGCUGCUGAGCCGCGCCAAGGCCGCGAAGCUGCAGCAGCAGGAGCGGCGGGAGGAGACGCGGCGCCUGCGCCAGCAGGAGGAGCGGCGGCGGCUGCAGGAGGCGGAGCUGCGGCGCGUGGAGGAGGAGAAGGAGCGCGCGCUGGGCCUGCAGCGCCGCGAGCGCGAGCUGCGGGAGCGCCUGCUCAGCAUCCUGCUUAGCAGGCAGGCGGACGGCCCGCGCGCCCCCGCCGAGCUGGGCGCCUCGCACGCCGCGCUGCUGCAGCCCGUGCUGGACAUCCUGCACAGCGUGUCGGCCGGCGCCGCCGCGCUGCUCCCCGCGCCCGCCGCGCCCAGCCCGCCCCCGCCCCGGCACGUGAACGGCGGCGUGGCCGAGGGGGCCCCGGGCGGGGGAGGGCCCGGAUCCCCGCGCGGCCGCCCCCGACGACGAGACGACGGUCCCUCGGAGAAGAGGUGCCCGGGCGUGCUCGCCUGCAUCCCCGACAACACGCCGCAGCCCAAGGUCGCGCCCGCCGCCUGCGACCAGGGCGCACCCAGGAAGGACGGCCACUCCGAGCAAGACAAGUGCAACCGCGAGCCCAGCGGGGGCCGCGGCCGGGCCGGCGGGGACCGGGGCAGCGCCGAUAGGCACCAGCGCGAGCGCAGCCGGCAGCGGCGGGCGGGCAGCCGCGAGGGCGCGGACGGGGGGCUGCAGAAGGAGCGGCGGCCCCACAAGAAGCACGCGCAGCAGGACGGCAGCCCCCGCCGGCGCAGCGCCAGCCCUGGGCAGGGCCAGUCCGGGAGGUCCCGCAGCAGAGACCGGCACGGGCGGGAGAGGAGCCGGGACCGCAGGGGCAGCUCGGGCAGGAAGCGCAGCCGCCACCGGCGCAGCGAGCGGUCGCGCUCGGGCUCCCCCAGCCGGCACCGCAGCACCUGGAACAGGUAAUGCAGGGCGGGCCCAGGCUGCCAUCUGCCAGGACCAGGCCCAGGGAGCGCAUGUCCUGCGGCUCCUCUGCUGGCUCUGCCCGCCGCGCACACCCGGGGAGCCCCCUGGCCAGGAUGGCAGCCCCGCCAGGCUCCUUGCCUCCACGGCCACGGCCCGAGUUCACAGGCCUCAUCGUCAAUCGCGAGCUUUAGUUUCCCUUAAAACCGUGGAUCCAAUAGCUUUAAGGUCGCCAGUCCUCUCUGAAUCAGGAGGAAGGCACAGACCGCCUGCCAGGAGGAUUGCAAGACCCACCGGGUGCACAGGCCAGCAGCGCAGGGUCCCUGCACCUGCUCGGAGGUGGCUCUCGCACUGACUGCAUGGCAGCCGCCUGUCACGUCUUGGGGUUGGACUGUCCACUGUGGCGGCCACAGCCCCACAGGGCAUUGGAAAGAGGAAGCCUCACCCUGGAGGUGUUUCUUCGGUUUUCGUUUUUUUUUCGCUGUUUUGUAAGUUUAAGAGACUGGGAACGGAGUUUGGGUAGGAUGCCAAAGGAAAGCGGUGGCGGGGCGUUGAAGUCGUCAGCGAGGGAGCAGCGUGUUCUGUCGCGUGGAAACCCGGACCUGCCGUCUUUUGAAGGUGUGGGCAGCUGCAGAAGUGGUGCAGAGGCGUCACAGAUACUCACUUUUUACAGAUUCAAGUAAUUCAGCGUAAAAAAAAAGACUGGUUAAAAUUAGCUUUGGUUUCUAGUGAAGGUUAGCUUGUGUGGUUUUUUUAAGGAGCCGUUUUGCUAAAUUAUUUUUACUCGGAUCGUUUCAAACAGAUUUGAGGCUGCAAACUUGUUACAUUUUGUAAUCGUCAGCUUCUCCAAGCGAAGCUCAGAGAUACUUAAAAAUAGCUGUAACGUCCACCUUAGGAAAGAUGUUGUUUAUUCCAGUUUGCAUUUUUAUGGUGAAAUAAAAAUCUUUUCCAGUGAACUCA